AUGGAUCCCAAUCACGCUGCGCUGGUGUCGGAGAUCGCACAGCUGAGCGGGGCCAUUGAUCGGCAACGCUCUCUCCUCGCAGGCCGCGGGUCUCGUAGAAGUACGCGUCCUCCGUAUCCAUCCCCACGUGGACAACGUGGAUACGCACGUCGUGGUGCCCCCGUCGGUCGACAUCGUUCGUUGGUGUAUGCGCGCGAUGCGAACCAAGGAUGGGUCCGCAAGCAGACCAAAGGCAGUAUGUCGCUGGUCAAUCCGGCCGUCUACGAUGCUGCGCCACCAUCCACAUCGGCAGCAGCGACGACAACCGCCGCGCCCUCCGCAGCGGCCCCACCUGCCAAAGCGCCAAUCGAGCGCCAGGUCAUGAUUGAUGGCGUACCUUUUGUAUUCGACGAGUCAGGGACCAGGCUCUUGAAGAAAAGUCACGUCCCAGCGCCAACCUCGGAUACUGCGGCGCCUGUGACACCCAAACAAGCGUCCAUCGAUGGCGAGGCAUUUGUUCGUACCAAAAGCGGCAACUUGAUCAGCAAGGCCCUGGUCCAAGAGCGACGCGCAGCCCGAGAACGGCAGGCCCGACUGCAGCGCCUUGCUACACUGGGCCAACAGCUGGGUCGUGCCCACCGAGAACAACGCGCUAUCGAACGGGCCAAGUCACGAGCUCUAUGCACAUACUAUACUCGCACGGGCACAUGCCGUCGUGGUGAUCAGUGCCCGUUUUUGCACGACGAUACGAAACGCGCAUUGUGCCCAGGGGCCCUGAAGUCGACCGGCUGUAUUUUGCCACCCGGCACCUGUUUGUUGUCGCAUGCACCGACGCCGGAAAACACGCCACACUGUGUACAUUUCCUACGUACAGGCACAUGCAAGCAUGGCGAUGCAUGUGUGUAUAUCCAUGCGCCUAUCCCGCUUGACGCACCGGUCUGUGCAUCGUUCAAGCAGGCGGGCUGGUGCAACCAGGGCCGCGCUUGUCAACAUCGACAUACCAAGGACACUGCGUCGAUCGUUGCAGAUACAACGACGACGGCGCCUCGUACAGAGCCUGGGCCUGAUGUCUUAUUCGUGCGCGAUGAUAGCGGCGCCGACGAUCGCUACUUUACCGAGGGCAGCACGGCCAUGCUUGAUGGGGCCUCUGUACCUGCCUUGGCCGCCCACGAUGCGCCGACGUUCGCGCAGGAGCAAGACUUUAUUGAGCUGGAUGCGCCAGAGGAAGACAGUGAUGUCGACGAUGAUAGUGACGACGACAAUGUCUCCUUCGCCACUGAUACCACAAGCGAUACGGCAUGGGACGACGCGGAAGUUGAGGCUUCGCUUCUCCCUGCUUGA